AGGAGGAGAGGAGCAGUGAGCAGGCCCGAGAAGGCAGGACUUCCUGGUGUGGGGGUUGUCAACAGCCCAGAAAGAGAGAGGCCAAGACCGAGACAGAGACGGAGCGGAGCAGAGGAGCCCAGAGUUACAUCCAGUGGGGCCACGUGGGAGGAGCCUUGAGCGAGCCACUCAAGGGACCUGGAGCCGACGGGGGGCUGAGCCGCCCCCUCCCACAGCGACCGGGAAGACCCGCGGAGUGUUAGCCGAGGCCGAGCCUGGGCUCCGCCGUGGAAGCGCCUGUUUCUUCUCGUCUCAAUUGCAAACUUUCCACGGAGAUGCCUGGCAGAGUGAGAUGCAGACGCCGGGGAGUACUAGGUAGCCCUUGAUUACCGUCUGCCGCGGCCUGCAUUGCCCAGGGGCCCAAGAGGCCCUAGGGGAAAAAAAGGACGUCUUUAGUCCCCAGGUCCUCUCUCCAGCUCAGCUCGGUGGCCGAGGCCCGAGAGUUUGCAAGCUCAGCUCUGGGGUUUCGGCAGCGACAGCAGCAGGAAAAACCUGCCUCUGCCCCCUCCCCCCUCCCGCCACCUCCCCUCCCCUGUACUCCAGUCACUAACCAGGCACCCCCAGUUCCCACAAGGCCCUCCUGCCAUGUCGGACCCAGACGUCCCCAGGGGCCCCGAUGUCCCUGCCAUGUGGCCCCCUUGUUCCAGAGGUGCCUGAGCCCCUCUGCAGGAGCCCAGUCCCUCCCCCACCCGAGCCUAGUCCGGAGCCCCAGGGACCAUGAGUGGCGGCAAGAAGAAAAGUAGUUUCCAGAUCACCAGCGUCACCACGGACUAUGAGGGCCCAGGAAGCCCAGGGGCUUCGGAUCCCCCUGCCCCACCAGCUCCUGCUGGGCCCCCGCCCCGCCUCCCCAAUGGGGAACCCAACCCUGAUCCAGGGGGCAGGGGCACCCCCCGGAAUGGCUCCCCACCACCUGGAGCCCCUGCCUCCCGUUUCCGGGUGGUGAAGCUGCCCCAAGGCUUGGGAGAGCCUUAUCGUCGAGGUCGGUGGACGUGUGUGGAUGUUUACGAGAGAGACUUGGAGCCCCCAAGCUUCGGCCGGCUUCUGGAGGGAAUUCGAGGGGCCUCAGGAGGCACCGGAGGCAGAUCAUUGGAUUCUAGGUUGGAGCUGGCUAGCUUGGGCAUAAGCACCCCUAUUCCACAGCCAGGCCUGUCUCAGGGCCCCACCUCUUGGCUCCGCCCGCCCCCCACUUCUCCUGGACCACAGGCCCGCUCCUUCACAGGGGGGCUGGGCCAGCUGGCAGGGCCUGGCAAGGCCAAGGUGGAGACCCCCCCGCUGUCGGCCUCUCCACCCCAGCACCACCCCCCAGGGCCUGGGACUGGAGAUAGUACUCAGCCCCAACCCUCUCUGAGGGUAGAAGUGGAGUCCGGGGGUUCAGCAGCCGGAACCCCUCCACUGUCGCGGAGAAGAGAUGGAGCAGUUCGGCUGAGAAUGGAAUUAGUUGGUCCAGAGGAGACGGGGAAGGUGCCUCCGAUCGACUCCCGCCCCAACUCCCCAGCCCUCUACUUCGAUGCCAGCCUGGUCCACAAGUCACCAGACCCCUUUGGAGCCGCAGCAGCCCAGAGCCUCAGCCUGGCUCGUUCCAUGUUGGCCAUCAGUGGUCACCUGGACAGUGAUGACGACAGUGGUUCCGGAAGCCUGGUUGGCAUUGACAACAAGAUUGAACAAGCCAUGGACUUGGUGAAGUCCCACCUCAUGUUUGCCGUGCGCGAAGAGGUAGAGGUACUGAAGGAGCAGAUCCGAGACCUGGCAGAACGGAACGCCGCACUGGAGCAGGAGAAUGGAUUGCUGCGUGCCCUGGCCAGCCCGGAGCAGCUGGCCCAGCUGCCAUCCUCGGGACUUCCACGGCUCGGGCCCUCUGCACCUAACGGGCCUUCCAUCUGAGCCUCCUUUCCCUUACAAUGUGCCUUUGGGGGGCUGCCAUUGGCUGCUGGGCCUUGUGCCAGCUGCCUGCCCCCUUUUCCUAUGUAGCUUUAAAUGCCCACACCCAACCCCAACGCCCAGGGAUGGGAGUCCAAGGCUCAAUAUUGGCCUGUCCCGUCCCACCUGGUCCUCCUCCCCAGAGUCCCCAGGCCUUUUAGGAAGAGGGACAGCUCAGGAGGAGGGUGCUUAUCGGGAGCCCCUCAUCCAUGAAAGAACCCAGUCCACCUUCUUCCCUAGGUAUCAGUGUUUUGGGGACCCCCUCCCCCAGCAGUAGAUGGCCUGGGAAGAUGGAGGUUCCCUGGCAGGUUCUA